AUGCGUGUCCUUAUUAGCUUCCUUGGCCUCCUCGCUGUAGCCAGCGCCGCCAGCUUUGGCUAUAACUACCAGCCGGUGGUUCAGUCCAACUCAGGUCCCUCCUUUGUUCCUGACAGUGUUGGCGUCUCUCAAGGUCCGCAACAAUCUGGUUACGUGUCAUCCUCGGACAAUGGAGCUAUCGGCAGGGAUCAGGGAGUGUCUGUUGGCCCUUUGUCGACCGGCGAUCAGGUGUACCAGGCCCCAGCCGAGCUGACUAAGGAAUUCUUCACAUACACCGCUGAUGAGAGCGAUUUCCAAGCACCUGCCAAUGCUGAACAGCUGUCCAACAAUCUGCGCAAGGGCUUGCGAGUUGUGUUCAUCAAGAGCCCCGAAUAUAACGGUGUGGAGAAUGCUGCCUUGGCAUUGGCCAAACAAGCUUCCCAGCAGGAAACCGCCAUCUAUGUCCUAAACAAACAGGCCGACAUCAACGAUCUGGCCAACAAGCUGAAUACCAUCAAGAACAACAACAACAAGAAGCCUGAAGUGCACUUUGUCAAGUACCGUACCCCAGAAGAUGCAGUCAAUGCUCAGAAUGCCAUUCAGGGUCAAUACGAUCAACUGGGCGGUGUGACCUCUCAUCAUAACGGUGGUGUAGCUCCCGUGCUUAACUUCGCCUCCCAUGCACCUCAAUCGGCUCCUGCUCCAGUUCAAGAGCCCUUGAACUCGUAUCUGCCAUCAUCGCUGCUGCGUCAACGUGCUUAG